AUGUUUCUGUUCUUGUGUUCCAUUCUGGUCCUAGUCCAGUCCAUCGUUCAGGCCAGUGGUGAGGAGCCGGCCAUCUGGCCCCUUCGAUACGAUCUCCAGAUUCAAAUUCCGACGGCUUCUGUCACGGAUCCCUUGAUUCCCACCUUCUUUGCAGCUCUUAGAUUGGACUUCCAGAUUACUCGGCCUUUGUUCAGUCAAUUCAGAGGGCAUAGCGCCACUGUCUUUACUCAUGAGACCUCUCUCUCAAGGCCUGAAGGCACAGAAUUGAGAUUUAGAGCAAGGAAUCUGGAGGCAUUCGAGAACGUGACAUUAUCCAAUGACCAGAGAACGUUUGGAGUCAUCGAUGUCCGAAUUCUGGCAUCAGAAGUCAUCUUUGUGGUCGCUGAACCUGCCUUAACUCCAGGAAGAUAUUCUCUACACAUUGAUCGUUAUGUGGGGACAAUUACUGAUGACAAUGGGGUCUUUUACAGGUCUGAUUCUACUUUAUAUGAAAUCAAAAUACUCUUAGGGACGUUGGGGGUGCGGCUGCGAUUGCAACAAAUUUGUUUCCAAACUACGCGGAUACUGUAUUCCCGGUUGUUCAAGGAAAUUUGAGGAAAGUCUCGAUCAGAUUGAGUGUAAUUCAUCCCACUGGAACUCUCGCUUUGUCCAAUAUGCCCAACGAACACGAUUCCUUCGUUGUUCAUGAACAUUGGAAGAUGACGGACUUUGUCCAGGCCGCCAAUCUUCCAUUGCAUAUGUUUGCCUUUCUUAUUCUCCCAGAGAUGUAUGAGAAAGUAAGGGUGUUCUAAAUGUCUUCAUAUUAAUUUAAGGUCCAAAUCUCUUCAAAAUAUCCGAUAUACAUUUAUUUUAAUCGAUUCCGCCAAUCAAAGGUACUAAAGGAUGAGGCGAUUGGUUUGGCCGGAGCUGUUUAUGAGCGAGUUUAUGAUCUGAUGGCCGAGCCCCUUCCAUUUACUCGCAUCAAUAUGGUGUUUAUGAACGAAUUCAAUGGUACCGUUUGACUUUAUUGUCAUGAUUUCUUUUUAGGAACCCACAGCACUGGGUUGAUUUUGCUGAGUGAAGAGGCCUGGGAAGAAGCGGAUGAAUGUCAUCGGAUCCAGAUGUUAGCCAAGAAUUUUAUUCGUCAAUGGAUGGGCGGUCUCGCCUCGAUUGAUUCUUUUUAUGACAUCUGUUUCCAGGUUUGUUUCCCACAAUUUAUGAUGACUUGUUUUUUAGGAAGAUGUGGUUUCACUUCUGGCCUCCAAAAUUGUAGCCAGAAUGACUGGAUUCCAUUCCCGCAGUAUCGAGAUGUUCCAGAAGUAUCGAUUAUCGGAGUAUGUGAAGAUACAAUUAAUUGACGCCUUCUUCGAACCCACUGAACCCCUGAUCUUUGAUCACGAGCCCACUUUCGAGGACAUUUCUCUGAGAUGUGGCCAUAAAGGGACACAAUAUUUGGAGUCCCUAGAAACGGUGUUUGGAGAGGAAACAAUUCUCGAUAAGAUUCGCAGUCUGAUCAGACAGUUUAGCUACAAAAGCUUCUCCUUGAACUCGUUUCUUCAGAUGCUUAAGAGUCAUAUUGUGGAUGGAAUUGAUCUGUCUCAGGUAAUUGUUUCCCAUGCUUAAUAUUCCUUCAGAUAUACGACUUCUGGUACCAUACCGGAGGGAUCCCAAAUCUUCGAUUGGAGCAGAUAAAUGAAAGAGUUCGCUUAACUCAGUUCAUUCCGUCCAGGGAUCAUGAACAAGAUCUGACCUUGUUCCCUCUCAGGAUUGCCAUAAGAAACUUGUCAUUACCGAUUUCUUUUAUGCUCAGUCAAGGUAAGCUCGUAGAGUGGUUUACCGGAAAUUUUUGGUUAAGGUCUUGAAUUGGCCCCAUUGGACAGCAAAUUGUUGCCCUUGACCAAUCUUGGAUAUGGUCAUGUUUACCGGGUAAAUUACAAUUCUCACGUGUGGGAGCGGAUUCUGAGGCAUCUAGAAGAAGCGCCGCAUCUCUUCUCGGCACGGUCCAAAGCACAACUUCUCAACGAUUUUUGUUACUUUGCUUCGAAAGGUACUUUUUAAAUCGUAACGCCUUUUCUGAGCGAAUGCAACGCAUUUUGCUUGAUUUUCUUAAAUUUUAAUUCAAAAAAGUAAUCUUUUGCAAAAACAGAAUUCCAAUUCUCAUUUCAGGCGAGAUUGGUCCUGAAGAGAACAUGAUAAAACAAGGAUUUCUGCAACUGAUGCGAUCGGAGAACGAACACUUUGAUCUCUGCGAGUUUUAUGCCUUCUGGUGCAUAUCCGGGUACAACAAAAACAUCAACUUAAGCAGUAAUUCGACCAGAGAUCGGCUAAGAUCGUUAUGGCCAAGUGUGUUGACAGUGCUGUCCAAUCGCCGCAACUUUGAAUGCGUGGCCAACAGCAAUGCCUCGGCCUUGGCCAACAUGAUGUGCCAAGUUGUUUUUGGAUCGAAUUGUAUCUGA